AUGUCUGCUACAGGCGAACCCUCCGAAAAGGAGAAAAAUGCCUUGAUACGAGAGCAACAAGAAGCUGAAUCGAAAAAGAGAGCAUACAGAGAAAAGAAGCAAGAGAUAAGGGACAUGGCUAAGCAGAACACAAGCCAGGUUAAGUUCGACACUCAAAACCAGCUGCCAGACUACGAUGUAGCUGAGAUGCCCAGAAAAAGAUUCUACAGACAAAGAGCUCACUCUAAUCCAUUUUCAGAUCAUAGUUUGGAGUAUCCACUGGAUCCUGACUCUAUGGACUGGGGUAAGUUUUACCCUCAUUUCUACGAUAAUCAAACACAGAAGAUGUCCAAGAAUGUGGAGAUUGCUGACAUUGGCUGUGGAUACGGUGGUCUUCUUAUUACGUUGGCCAAAGAAUUUCCAGAAGUCUUGAGUUUGGGUAUGGAGAUCAGAGUACAGGUGACACAAUAUGUUGAAGACCGUAUCAUAGCGUUGAGAGAGAAUCACCAGGCAACUAAUGAAUACCAAAACUGUGCAGUUUUACGUGGAAAUGCUAUGAAAUUUAUCCCUAACUUUUUCCACAAGGGUCAGUUGCUGAAGAUGUUUUUCUGCUUUCCAGAUCCACACUUCAAACAGAGAAAGCACAAGGCCAGAAUCAUCACGAAUACCCUUCUUACUGAGUAUGCUUAUGUAUUGAAGGAGGGAGGCAUUGUAUAUACAAUCACGGACGUUAAAGACUUGCAUGAAUGGAUGGUAAAGCACUUAGAAGAGCACCCGAUGUUCGAGAGAAAGUCCAAGGAAUGGGAAGAACAAGACAAGUGCGCUCAGUUAAUGUGGAAUUCGACCGAGGAGGGUCAAAAGGUUACGAGGAACCAAGGCGACAAGUUCAUCGCAUGCUUUGAGAGAUUGCCUACACCAGACGACUGUGACUAA